AUGGACACUAUAACGAGAAAUAUAGAUUAUAUACUAAUAGGAGAGUUUGAUAAUAAACUAGGACCCAUUAUUAAAUAUCAAUAUCCUAAUGGCAUUCCGUUGGAUUCUAAGAAAUACAAGCAAAAGAGAAAAAAAAAUUUCAAUUCCAUCUCUGGAGAUCAGAUUGUAUCAUCUCUCCUGAUUCCAAACAAUGUGGAGAAUAAUUUAAAUAUUAAUGAUUAUACAAUGUCCAAACUUUAUUAUAAUUCAUCGUUAAACAUUUAUCAUUUUUUACCAGAUCAAACUGAAUCGGGGAAUUUGAACCGAAAUAAGAAAAUUAUCUAUCUGUUAAAUGUCGUUAAAUCAAAAGCUGAUUUAAAUAAUUCAAGAGGAAUCUCUAUUAGAUCUAUUGCAAUAGCGGUUAAUUCAACUGAAAAUAAUGGGAAAGAAGGGUUUGCAAAAUUAUAUCCUUUCAUUCACUUGCUUUCAACUCUAUUAGAUAUCCUAUUUACAAUACCUUCCAAGGGAGGAGAUUUAAAACGAUUUGCCUCAAAUUGUUUCAAUUUGAUUAAUUCAAUUGAUAUUGAUAAAAUUGAAAAUUUCAAUUCGGAUUCUUCCUUGCAAAAUGUAUUAGCUGUUUAUAAUGAUAAUAAUAAUUCCUUCCCCUUAAACAUAACAAAUCAUUUUUUGCCCGUAAAGGCUGAAACUUCAAAUCAAAAAGUUUUUUAUAAUCAUCAAUCAACUUUAUUAUUAUCCACAAAUUUAUUCUCAGAAUUGGAAUUAUCAAAUUAUUAUUUAAAUCUUAAUAAUUUCAACAAUUUGACUCAUUUAUUAUUACAAUCUCCCAAAAUAUCAACCAUUAUAUUAAAUAUAAUUACCAAAUUCAAUUUCAAUUGUUUUGCCAACUUAAAAUCUUGUAGAUUAUUGUUAUAUUCUUCAAAAUUGUCCUAUUUCGAAUUCAAUGUAAUUAUUAAUAUUUUAAAAAACAUUUUAAUCCCAUUCUUAAGAUCAUCAUUGAAAAAUUCAUUAAUUACAAUCCCCUAUUUAGAUAUUACAAUGAUUGAUGAUUUGAAAUCGUUUUGUUUUGAAAAUAAUUUAGAAAAUGAUGAAAUAUCUUUAUUAAUGGCAACUACAAAUCAAAUUUUUAAACAUCAAAAAAAUUUAUUCAAUUAUUAUUACGAUUUAGACGCAAAUAUUCUUUCAAAUAAAUCUAAACUAUUAUCUGAUAGUAUGAAAAGAUUUGGUAGCAAUAAUACUCUAUCGUCAAUGAGAUCAUUAAGUAGAUCGAACUCACUACUUUUUAGGAGGUUCUCUAUUAAUGAUUAUUCAAAUCAAAAUUCAAUUACGUAUCCAGAUGAAGAUGCUAGUAGCGGCAGUAGUACAAGUCUCUAUAAAUUUGGAAUGAAUAACAAUAAUAAUGAUAGCAUUUUCAGAAUACCCUCAUUACCCAUAAUUAACUUAAAUUUAUUGAACAAAGCAAUCCAUUUUUUAAAAACAUCUAAUCAAUUGAAUACAAUUGAUCCAUUUUCAAAUAUUAUAGUACUGAAAAAAAUUUCCAUUUUACAAUUAACUUAUUUAAAAUACUUUUAUAAUUUGGAUUCCUCAAAUUAUAACCCCAAGUGUUUAAUGUCCAAAUAUAUCGAACAUUUUAAAGAUCCAAUUAUAUUCCAAGAUCUUUUGGAAGCUAGCAUUUUUAAAUCAAUUGAACUAUUACUUUCAUUAGAAAAGCUUUUAUUAAAAUAUUUCAAUCAAUUGGACAAUUUCGAUAUUACUACCUAUUAUUCUGAUUUAUUUGAUGUAUUACAAAAUAUUUUAACCUUUUUAGAUACUCAGACUCCAUCCGAAUUUGCUAAUGACAACUUACAUGAUUUUGUGAAUACACUUAUUAUUUAUAAGAGUAUCUUACCUUUUACUAUUAACAACAAUAUUAAGUAUAUUGAUAAUAAAAAACAAUUUUUACAAAAUUUUAAUAUUCAAAAAUUAUCAAUGGAUGAUUUAUUCUUCCAAAUUAAUGAAUUAUCAAGAUAUCCAGAUAUACUAAAUAAUAUUCAUUUGAAUAAAGACAUCAACAAUAUUCUUAUUAAACCAUUUAUGGAAUUAUUAUUCCUACCAUUAAUUAUAACUCAAAAGAGGAAACAUUCAAUCAAAUCACGUUCCACUAUGCAUUCUCAAAAAGAUAAACCAAGACAUAAGAAUCAUUCACGUUCUAAUAAUCAAACUGCUACAAACUACUCAACUAAACAUUCACCAACCCAUUCUUCAAUAAUGUCACCAUUAGGCUCUACCAAUGAAUCAAUCUCUGAUUCUUCUGCGCAUUUUGACAUUCAUUCUCCCAUUCGUUUAUCAACACCUUCAUCUUCAACAUCUUCAUCACCAGACCAACAAUCAAAAUCACAAUCUUCUUCUACAUUGAAAAGAUCAUUAUCCUUGAAAAAUAUACUCGCUGCGACAAAUUCACCACAGCCUUCACAAAGUUUAAAAUAUAAUUCCACUGAUAAUAGUGAAACUUCUGCAAACCCUAAAAGAUCAUCAACAUUAAUUCGAAAAUCAUUAGCAAUUACUGGCUUAUCAUCCUUAACCAAAACAUCUUCAAAUUCCAAAUUAGAUUCUCAGACUUCUACAGCGCCAGAUGCUAAAUUGAAUUGUUCUAAAUCAUCUUCUAUUUCUCAAUCAAAAAGAAAGAAUAGAGAAGCUGAAAUUAAAAAAGAAAAUACGUUAAUAAACAAAAUAAAUAACGUUACACUUCGAGUCAUUUAUAAGAUCUAUUCUAAUCAAAUGGGCCGCCAUUUAGUUAAAAGAACAAUUGAUUCCGAUACAAUCAAACUUUAUAAAAACUAA